UGGUUCGCUCCCUCCUGCUCCUCUUCUUCGUCUCCCCCUCCGCACCAGGGCAGAUGGUACGUUCCUCCGGCCGACAUUCAGGCUGGGGAGGUAGGCAGAUAGAGACCCUCCUUUCUUUAGCCAAGAGCGCUUAGGCUGUUGCUGCUGCUGCAACCACCUUGUUGGGAGCUCGUAGGAGAGAGAAAGGCAUCCCUUCCUCGCUGCUGGGCCGGCCGGCCGCGGGGCUCCCCUCCUCUUCCUCCCCUCCCCCCCUUGGGGGUGGCAUGACCCUCUUCGGCAGCCGGGAAGUGGGCUGGCGCUAUCUCGACAUGGCCCGGGAGCCUAAACUGAGCCACGCCAGGCCAAGCCAGAAGAGGCAACACAGCGGAAGCCUGUACCCCACCUGUGACCUGGACUAUGAGCUCUAUAAAGAGGAUUUGCCCUACAGGGUCUACGAGUACCAGAAGAUUCCUCCGCUCAUCACUCACAUCCCGGUCAAGGCUAGGAGAAGCCACUUGGGGGCCGGGGGCAAGGCCAGCUUGGGUCCCCACGCGGGGCUGAGGGGCAGCAGCGGCUCCACGGCAGGCCGAACGAAGUUGCGAGCAGAGGAGCUGCACUCCAUCAAGGGAGAGCUAAGUCAGAUUAAAGCCCAGGUGGACAGCUUGCUGGAGAGCGUCGACCGGAUGGACCAGCGACGGGAGCAGCCCACAGGCUCCAAGGAGGUCAAGAAGAAAGCAGCCGCCAGCACAGAGGCCUCCUACUCAGCAGGGGAGACCACCCGGAGGAAGGAGAACCCCGUGCAGGAUGGCCGGGCUGCUCUGCCGGAGGUGGACAGUGCAGAGGAGAGCACAGACACUGAAGAGGCGGCAAGGAACCACACGUUGGACCUGGAAGGCAGCCAGUAAGAAGACCUGGAGUGCCCCCAACCCCUUUGCCCGGCGUUUCCUUCCUGUGUUUUGUAUUCCUUCCGAUGCCUCUGGCUGGUGCUGCGUCCGGCGUCAGUUCCCCGCCGUCAGGGCUGGUGCAGAGGCCGAGAGGCCCACCACGGUCUCCCUCGCACCUUUUCCUGGCCUGGCAGAGAGAGACUCCUGUGACGCGUUCGAGGGAGAAGCAGCUUGGUGUUCUUUGUUGUGAAAAUUAAAAUAUGCCAAUGUGGGAGACGGGUGGGCAAAGCAGGCAGUGCCAACUUCGCACUUGCCCAGCUCAGCAUUAAACAAAAAAUAAAGCAGUCGCCAUCUCCUACUGAU